AAUUGGUAUAAUAUUUCACCUCGACUAUGCACUUCGAAGAUAGCUAGAUGUAUAAGAUUAGUAACGUCAAAACUGCAAUUUGGUAAUAUUUACACUAUACGUCUGCUGCUGAAAUGAAAAAGACACAUUUUAUAUUUUAGGUAAAAUACCAGACAGUGUGUUUUCUAUGUGAUAAGGCGCAAUAUGCUUGGUGGGGUCCGCACGGCACCAGGGAUGCAGUUGCCCCUUUAAUGUCAGAGCCGCGACUAAAGCGCGGUUUGACAUUUCAGUAGCAUUAUAAACCCAGAAUAAGAUUCAGACAGCGACGGGACCGCUGGACAGAACAGGUGAGCGGCUGUGAAUAGCCGUUUAGUUUUCCUGCAGAAAUUGGGAUCACGAGGACGGUAUCAUGCCUGUGGCGUCGGCCAGCUCCGAUUCUGCUAUGCAUCAGGUCCUGGACACCCUGAGUGACAGUACCAGCUCCACUACUGCCAAUGACCUGGACCUCAUCUUUCUCAAAGGCAUCAUGGAGAGCCCAGUGGCCCAUGAGAAAAUGGAGGAGACCAAGUUGGAAGCGGUGAGAGACAACAAUGUGGAGCUGGUGCAGGAGAUCUUGAGGGAUCUGACCCCGCUGACUCACCGCAGCAAGGCCGCCGACGAGCUGGCCCGCAUCCUGAAGGAGCCCCACUUCCAGUCCCUCCUGGAGACGCACGACUCGGUGGCCUCCAAAAGCUACGACACCCCGCCCCCCAGCCCCUGCGCCUUCAUGGAUGCCGCCCUGAACAAUCAGCCCGUCCCCCCCGACGCCGUCAGGAUGGUGGGCAUCCGCAAAGUGGCUGGGGAACACCUGGGCGUGACCUUCCGGGUGGAGAGCGGCGAGCUGGUCAUCGCCAGGAUCCUCCAUGGGGGCAUGAUUGACCAGCAAGGCCUGCUGCAUGUGGGCGACAUCAUCAAGGAGGUGAACGCCAAGGAAGUGGGCAAUGACCCCAAAGUGCUGCAGGAGAUGCUGAAGGAGGCCAGCGGCAGCGUAGUGCUGAAGAUCCUGCCCAGCUACCAGGAGCCACACACCCCGCGCCAGGCGUUUGUGAAGUGUCACUUUGACUACGACCCUGCCCACGACAACCUCAUCCCCUGCAAGGAGGCCGGACUCAAGUUCAGCAGUGGCGACAUCCUCCAGAUAUUCAACCAGGAGGACCUCAACUGGUGGCAGGCGUGCCAUGUGGAGGGGGGCAGCGCAGGCCUCAUCCCCAGCCAGCUCCUGGAGGAGAAGCGGAAGGCCUUUGUGAAGAGGGACCUGGAGUUUGCAGGUGGAGGUCCACUCUGUACGGGCAUCGGCGGCAAGAAGAAAAAGAAGAUGAUGUACCUGACGACAAAGAAUGCUGAGUUUGACCGGCACGAGCUGCUUAUCUACGAGGAAGUUGCCAAGAUGCCCCCCUUCCGCCGGAAGAGCCUGGUUCUGAUCGGGGCACAAGGGGUGGGCCGGCGCAGCCUCAAGAACAAGCUGCUGGUGUCAGAUCCGCAGCGGUAUGGUACCACCAUGCCGUACACCUCCAGGAAGCCCAAAGCAAAUGAGAGGGAUGGGCAGAUGUACUGCUUCAUGUCCCGCAGCGAGAUGGAGUCAGACAUCAAGAAUGGCCGCUUUCUGGAGCACGGCGAGUAUGACAGCAACCUCUAUGGCACAAAGAUAAGCUCCAUACAUGAAGUGGUGGAGUCUGGCAAGAUAUGCAUCCUGGACGUCAACCCGCAGGCUCUCAAAAUUCUCCGGACAUCAGAGUUCUUGCCCUAUGUGGUGUUCAUUGAAGCCCCAGAUUUUGAGGUCCUGAAGGCUAUGAACCGAUCAGCCAUUGAGGCUGGAGUUGUCACCAAGCAACUGACGGAUUCAGAGCUGAAGAGGACAGUGGAGGAGAGUGGUAGGAUCCAGCGAGCCUACGGGCACUAUUUUGACCUUACUAUCAUCAACGACAAUUUGGAGAGUGCUUUCCGCAGGCUGCGGGGGGCACUAGAGAAGCUGGGGGUUGAACAGCAGUGGGUUCCUGUCAGCUGGGUCUUUUAGGCCAGGCGAGUCAGUGAGGUAAGUUGGACAAUUUGCAAGGGGACCGACUUUGUCAAUCGAAGCGAACUACUUUACCAGUGCCAAGCGACCCAGGGGAUGCACAACUCUACAGGGUGGAUGUCAAAUUUGUGCAUCUCAUCCAUCUCUCUUCUUGGCUACCCCCAAAAAUUACUUUAAAAAUUCCCUUUUUCAAACCUUUUAGUUGUAUUUAUUUUAUUAUAAUCAUUUCUUGUUCUUGAUUUGUGAAAGACGUAGGACGAUUAGAUGAGUGAGUGUGUGUCUGUGUUUCUGAAUUAUCUUUAUUUAUUUAAACGUUGAUUUGUUCUUCUGGAUAUUUUCUUGAGUUGAACCAACAAUGUCAUUUUUAGCUUGCGUUUCUUUAAGACUUGUGAUAAUUAUGUGCAUCAAUCAAGGAGUCAUACAGUAUGUGUUGUUUUUAUAAUGUUGUGUGGUAAAUACACAUCCAUCACCAAUUCAGUUUGCAUUGAACAAAAGCAUGAUAGAAAUCUCAAAACACGGACCAAAUUAAUCCUGGUUGUAGCAAAACCUUUAGUCACUACCAGUAUUUCAUGAGAAGACUAAAACAUAUAUUUUUAAAGGCCAUCCUCUGUGAAUUAAGGGUGAAAUCGUAAUAAACGAAUAUUCCCAGCAUGCAUCAGUGCCUUUUGUGCAAAAAUGCACAAUGGAGUUAUUGAAAAUAGUUAAAUUGGUGUAUGGAAUGUCAACAUUACACUAAUAUUUCGACGGAUAUAUUAUAUUCAUGCAGCUAAAUGUUACUUGGUAUACGCGUCUUCAUGUUAUCAGUUAUCAUUUGCUAUGUACAUAAUGUGUAACUACAGAACAUUUUGUGGAGGAUCCAGUUUCCUUCAGGUAACCAUAGUAACGUUAGCUCUGGCAGACAUUUGGGGCAGUGUAAAGUUUGUAAAGUGGUUUUGUUACUCAGAAAUUCUGUUAUGUAUAUUUGUGGCAAAAUACACUUAUUAAUUACAUACUUAUAAACAGUUUCAUUCAACUGUGAGGUUUUAGCUGAGAUUGUAGAAAGGUCAAACAUGUAAUUAAAACCUAACCCUAAGUGUAACUAAGAGGAGUAGUAGUUGCUUUUACAUCCCUGCAUGUCCAAAAUAGCUGGUUGUCACCUUGAAAUUCCCAUUUUUCUCAGCUUUUAUGUUAUGACUUCAGUUAAAUUGGUAUAUACUUUUGAAGCGUAGCUUAAACAUGAACCAUCUCUGUGAAAUAAACUGUAUAUUAGGAAUUUUGAUAAUAUAUCAAUAUAUUUAAUUGUAAAUAUGCAACCUCAUUCCCUGUGCUGUCAUCGACACCUGUCUGCAUGUGGUCAGAGACGCAGUCAUGCUCUCGCAUGACCUCACAUGCUCGUAAAUGUGCCAAAAGGACUGCUUUCCUCAUCUGGACAAGUUGCAUCAACCUUCAAGAGACGGUCAGGACUGGAUGGUCCAAAGUAAUGUUGUGGUUCAUUGCGUUGGGGCUGAUUUUCUAAGAUGGAGUCAGCGAGGACAUGAGCUGCACUGCAGGUUUGAGGAGAGCAGGCCAUGGUGGUAGUUAUACCAGCCGUAAAAGGAUUGUCGUUUCCUUCAUCUGCGAACUCUACCUCUUCUUCCUUUUACAAAUCUCUCUCGCUUGCCAUUAUGUGUGGAACAUUUCUCUGUGGGCAUCAUUUAGUAGGGUGUUGGCUUCACUCUAAGAGUUAACGAAUCUGAAAAAGGUACAACUUGGACCAGUGUGGUAUAUGAGAUUUAGGAAUGCUAACGUCAGGAGAGUAGCCUAUGUUAGUCCAAAUUAAAUUUAAAUGCUUUGUCUCUAAUGCUUCAGUGGUGUGAUUUCAUAUAGCUGGAACACUUAUUACUAUAGAUGGUUAAUGCAAAUGCUGAUGACAUAGUUUAUGACUUUUAAUAAAAGUUGAUUUUGUUUGUGCCCUGUAAUACUUAAUAGAAUGUCUUAUGAUAUAUGAUUUUGUUAACAUUUUUAGACACUUGUAGAAUGUAGUCAUUUUAUACAGUGUCCUAUAGUUUUGUUACCUGAUUUUUUCUUUAUGUGUAGAUUUGUCUAUACAGGCAUUCAUGAAUCCUUUAUGUAAUGAAAUAGAUGCUCAUUCCCUUUGCGACUUGUCUAUGUAGGAUUUUUUAUUUUAAGGAUUACAGGCAACACAUUUGUACCUCAUUUGCACUAAUUUUUUGUUUGCAUUGCCCUGAUAAUUACAGCAAGUAUUACAUAUGUCUGAAUUAUAUUUAACAUGUUUAAUAUCCCAUGCAUUUUAAAUGGAUAAAUUGUUGUGCUAUGUUUGUCAUACUCUCCUUCCAGAAAGUUCUCUUUGAAAUGGUUUGAUUUAAGAACUCAUGAAUUAAAAGCUGCAAAACCCAAAUAUUUGGGUACCUAUCACAGUUAUAGCUGGAAGUCUCAUUGUAAGUAAAUAAAAUUGCUUGUGGUUCCAGUUUUUCAUAUAUUCACAUAGAACCUGUAGUAAAUCAGCCCCUGUAGUUAAUUUCCAUGUUACUACACUGUAAAGUCUGACUUGGAAUCGUUAAACAGCUGAUUGGUAAAUUUAUUGGAGUCAUGAUCCAAUGAUUUUGUUAGAUUCCUUGUAAACAGACUCCAAUGUACUUGUAUGUUCUGCAUGUGUCGGUCUGCAGGUCUGACAGCUAAUAACAACAGCUUCUCGUCGCACCAUUUUGUGUUUGAUCCGCAAAUUAUAUUUUUAUGACUGCUUUUUAUUGUUACUUCUAGUUUAUUUUAUCAGCCACUGUAUAGCAGUUAUAGAAUCUGAUCUUCCAAAUACAGUAUCCUUUGUAUGUUUCAUCUG